AUGGCAGAGGAAUGGAUCUCUCCCAGCUGCUCGACCGCAUCGGCACCCAGCGAGACCAUCCGGGCCCAGCCAGGAGCCACAGAGGUUCAGCAGCAGAGCGUAAUCCAGCCCCAGGCUCUCACGCCGCCCAAGAACCGGGGCCUAGUAGCACAGUUACAUCGAGUGGAGCAGCAGCAGCAGCAGCAUCUUUACCACAGGUAUGCACAGCAGGAGACCAGCAGGGUGUGGGCUCAGGUGAAACACGGGGAGGCGGCUCUUCGAGAGGCCCGGGCUGAGCUCACGGAGGCCAGGAAACAGUGGCAGAGUCUGCAGGUGGAGAUUGAGUCACUGCGUGCCCUAGAAAAAGGCUUGGAAAGUUCCCUCUCCCAGAACAAACAACAGUAUGCCUGCCAGUUGCAAGAUCUUUCCCGGACGGUCGAGGGUCUCGAGGCCGAGUUGCAGGAGGUCCGUAACAGCUUAGCCAACCAGCGCCAGCGACACCAACAGGUCCUCAACACUAAGAUGAGGUUGGAGUAUGAGAUCACCACCUACAGGAAGCUGCUGGAACGUGAAGAGGGCAGGUUCUUUGGUUAUGAUGGUCAGACUCCAAAACUCAAACCCUGGAGCAGACCUGUUAUGGCACUGGAGCAGAAUGGAAUAGCUAAUGGCACGGAUGACCUGGAAGAGGUGCUGCCCCUAUCAGAGUCUCACAGUACUGUGAAUAAAACCAGGAGAAGUCCAGCAGUACUGCGUAGACAGAGAAGUUUAGUUAUUCUUACAGAGCCCGUGAAGAACAGUGAGGGGAAGAUUGCUACCAUAAAAACUCAAGAGAUCUUCCAAGGCAACAUCGUGCGAGAGAGUGCAGAGGGUCAUGGGACCGUAGAGACAGAGAAGGUUGACCAAGUCAUAAAGCAGUGGGAAGGAUCGUUCUUUCAAGGAAACCCAAAGCUGAGGAAGAAGUCGGUGUCCCUGCGUUUCGACUUGCACAUGGCAGUUGCCGACGAGGGUUGCGGGCAGACCAAACAGGACAGCCUUCCAGACGUGGAGGUGCGCUUAGUGAUGAAAAGGUCUCGCAGCAUACCCACUAUUGCGCAAUGA